AUGUCCAACACCGACUUCCUCGGUCGGGCGAUCGAUACGGUCAAAAAGGCCAUUGAACUAGACACCGCGGGGUCGUACGAGCAAGCCUAUCAACAAUAUUAUGCCGCGCUCGAACUCUUUAUGCUGGCCCUGAAAUGGGAAAAGAACCCCAAAUCGAAAGAGAUGAUCCGUGGAAAAGCCGCUGAAUACAUGGACCGAGCAGAAAAGCUAAAGACACAUAUCCAAUCCAACGACGCAAGUAAUCGGAAGAAACCUGCUGCAAUGGGAGUCAAUGGGAAGGCCGUGAAUGGUGCCGGAAAGGGCGAAUCAGGCGACAAGGACGAAGAAGAUGCAGACAGUAAGAAGCUGAGAGGCCAACUGACUGGUGCUAUCCUGACCGACAAACCCAACGUCAAAUGGGAGGAUGUUGCAGGCUUGGAAGGUGCCAAAGAAGCCCUAAAGGAGGCUGUUAUCUUACCGAUCAAAUUCCCUCAUCUCUUCCAAGGUAAACGACAACCCUGGAAGGGCAUAUUACUCUACGGACCACCUGGAACCGGAAAAUCAUACCUCGCCAAAGCCGUCGCCACGGAAGCCAACAGCACAUUCUUCAGCGUUUCCUCCUCCGAUCUAGUCAGCAAGUGGAUGGGUGAAUCGGAAAGACUCGUAAAGCAACUGUUCAACAUGGCGCGAGAAAACAAGCCCGCCAUUAUCUUUAUCGACGAAGUCGACGCACUCUGCGGGCCGAGAGGCGAAGGCGAAUCCGAAGCCUCAAGACGUAUCAAGACCGAAUUACUCGUUCAGAUGGACGGUGUUGGUAAAGAUUCAAAGGGUGUUCUGAUCCUUGGCGCGACAAAUAUCCCAUGGCAAUUAGACGCCGCCAUCCGAAGACGUUUCCAGCGGAGAGUACAUAUCUCGUUGCCCGAUAAGCCAGCGCGAAUGAGGAUGUUUGAGCUUGCUGUCGGAGACACCAAAUGCGAAUUAUCCCAGAACGACUACAAGACAUUAUCGGACCUGAGCGAGGGCUAUUCCGGAAGCGAUAUCAGUAUUGCCGUCCAAGACGCUCUGAUGCAGCCAGUCAGGAAGAUCCAAACUGCAACUCAUUACAAGAAGGUGACGGUCGACGGCGAAGAGAAACUCACCCCUUGCUCACCGGGCGACAGCGGCGCAAUGGAGAUGACGUGGGUGGAUGUCGAGUCGGAAAAACUGCUCGAACCGCCCCUGGCCGUCAAGGACUUCAUCCGUGCCAUCAAGGCCUCGCGGCCAACAGUCUCCGGCGAAGAUCUGAAGCGCAAUACAGAGUGGACGGCUGAGUUCGGCAGUGAAGGUGCUUGA